GUGCUUGUCAAAAAGGGGGAAGUAGACUUUGUCAGCAGCAGGCACGCUCAAGGACUCGGUCACUCCUCCUCCUCCUCCCCUCGGCCCCCUGGAAUCUCCGUGUGUCUUUGAAAACAAAGUCAACCAAGUUGGUGACAAGGAAAGCCGGGACCUGGUCGUCGUCAGCGCGUCAAUGCGCCUCUCUUAGCCCGUUAGCUUAGCGGCGCCCGCGUCCUCCACGUCCGAUUUCCCUUCGGGACCUCACCUUCCCUUCCCGUCCAGCAUCACAACAACCGAAGGGAACCAAAUCGGCCUGCAAAGGAGCCGCUUUGUUGCUAGCAUAACACUCGGAGAAGCAGGGGGCAAUCUCGAGUGCAGCUAAGCUAGCGCCUUCGCUGGGAUCGAUUGUGUUGCUUGUUAGCGUCCAACGCAUCACCCGAACAUGAUUCCCGACAAGGCGCCCGUGGACGACGUCUUUCACGGGGCUGAGGAGAUGCGGAGGGGGGCUCACGUGCCCACCUUUGACAAGUAUAAAGAAAUGUACACGCGGUCCAUCGAGGACCCUGACAGGUUCUGGGGGGACGUGGCCAAGGACUUCUUCUGGAAGAGCAAACACACGGGCCGCUUCCUGGACUACAACUUUGACGUGACCAAAGGAGAGAUCUUCAUCAAGUGCAUGGAGGGCGCGUCCACCAACGUCUGCUACAACGUGCUCGACCGAAACGUUCACGACAGGAAGCUGGGGGACAAAGUGGCCUUCUACUGGGAGGGCAACGAACCUGGCGAUGAGUUGACGGUGACGUACAGAGAGCUGCUGAACUGCGUGUGUCGCUUUGCCAACGUCCUGAGGUCACAGGGCGUGACGAAAGGGGACCGUGUAGCCAUUUACAUGCCCAUGGUGGUGGAGCUGGUGGUGGCCAUGUUGGCCUGCGCUCGCGUCGGAGCCGUUCACUCCAUCGUGUUUGCAGGUUUCUCUGCCGAGUCGCUGUGCGACAGGAUUGUGGACUCUCAGUGUUCACUGCUCGUCACUGCGGAUGGUUUCUACCGAGGGGAUAAGCUGAUCAACCUGAAACUCGUCGCGGACGAAGCCCUGCAGAAAUGCACAGACAAAGGAUUCUCACUCGGUCGGUGUAUCGUACUGAAACAUUUAUCCAAGGAAGCGCACGAGACUUCCCUCAGCUCCCCUCCCGCCAAACGACCGUGUCCUGACCUCCAGCCAUCUCCUUCAUGGUCAUCCCCCGCUUGCUGUGCUUCCUCACUCCGGCAGGAGACAGAAACAGGCAGAGUAAGAAAAACCCGUCCUGUUCCGCAGGUGCCGUGGAACCCGGAAGUGGACAAGUGUUGGCAUACUCUGAUGGGCGACGUGUCAGACGAGUGUGAGCCGGAGUGGUGCGCGUCCGAAGAUCCCCUCUUCAUCCUCUACACCAGCGGCUCCACCGGCAAGCCCAAGGGCGUCCUUCACACCGUCAGCGGCUACAUGCUCUAUACCGCCGCCACCUUCAAGCUGGUGUUUGACCACCGGCCCGACGACGUCUACUGGUGCACGGCCGACAUCGGCUGGAUCACCGGACACUCGUACAUCACCUACGGGCCGCUGGCUAAUGGCGCCACCAGCGUCUUGUUUGAGGGUCUUCCCACAUACCCGGAUGUGAGCCGCAUGUGGGAGAUUGUAGACAAGUACCACGUUAGCAAGUUCUACACGGCGCCCACCGCCAUCAGGCUGUUGAUGAAGUACGGCAGCGAUCCGGUGCACAAGUACAAGCGAGACUCUCUGAAGGUUCUGGGCACGGUCGGAGAGCCCAUCAACCCCGAGGCCUGGCAGUGGUACUUCACGGUGGUGGGAGACGGCAGAUGUCCCAUCGUCGACACGUUCUGGCAGACGGAGACGGGCGGACACGUGAUGACGCCUCUGCCGGCUGCUACGCCCAUGAAGCCAGGCUCUGCUACAUUUCCCUUCUUCGGAGUCGUGCCAGCCAUCUUGAACGAGUCGGGCGAGGAGUUGGAGGGCACGAGUGAAGGUUACCUGGUGUUCAAGCAGCCGUGGCCCGGCGUGAUGAGAACGGUGUACGGAAACCACGGCAGGUUCGAAAGCACCUACUUCAAGAAGUUCCCGGGAUACUACGUGACCGGAGAUGGUUGCCGUAGAGACAAGGACGGAUAUUACUGGAUCACCGGGAGGAUAGAUGACAUGCUCAACGUCUCAGGUCACUUGCUGAGCACAGCAGAGGUGGAGUCGGCAUUAGUGGGGCACGAGGCCGUCGCCGAGGCCGCCGUGGUGGGCCGGCCUCAUGCCGUCAAAGGAGAAAGUCUCUACUGCUUUGUGACGCUACGCGAUGGCGCCGCAUUCAAUCACACACUGGAAGCCCAGCUCAAAAAACAAGUGCGUGAGAAGAUCGGCGCCAUCGCAACACCCGACUUCAUUCAGGACGCUCCAGCGCUCCCCAAAACCAGAUCAGGCAAGAUCAUGCGGCGCGUGCUGCGCAAGAUCGCCAGUGGCGAGCGGGACCUGGGCGACAUCUCCACGCUGGCCGACUCGUCGGUGGUGGAGCAGCUUUUCCACAACAGGUGCUGCACGGCCGUGUGACAACAUCCCGGCGCUCCCCGUCCACGGACCCGCUCGUCACGUCGUCAUCUGCCAACAAAUGAUAAUAAUAGGAUUGGUAUGUGUGUGUGUGUGUGUGUGUGUGUGUGUGUGUGAAGAAUAAAUCCAUUUAUUUUCACUACUUUUUCACACACACACACACACACACACACAUUUAUUAAUAAUAAUUAUUCAAAUGACUUCAUGUCCUCCAAUUAGCCUUUAAUUUGUGUUGUAAGUUUUUCUUUAAGAUGCUUUGAAGUAUGUCUGCUCUUUGUAUUCAAUUGUUUUGUCUGUGUUGGGUUUUUAAACGAAGACGUUUUGGAUUAAAAACAUGAAUUUUGCGCCCGGUUCGGCUUUUGUCGUCUGA